UUCGGCUUUCUUUAUCUUUUUUUAUUACUCGACCUCUUCAUUCCACCUCGAUCUAUUUUUAUUCCUCUGUUGCCUCCUGCCUGGCCGCUUCAACAUCCUCUCUUAUAUCCUCGAUUCGACCCGACAGACCAAUCAAUCUCUUCUGCUGAUUGGUCCUAUUUUCAGAUGUCGUGUCCCUCUUUUCUCAUUGUUACAAAGUCUGCAUCCCACGUGUAUCCUACCCACACGUUCGCCUGCGUUCGCAUUACGCCCAACCUACUGCCCAGCCUCUUCUGCCAUUUGCGUUACACUCUCGUCCUCUCUUCGUUCUACUUGCCCAAUUUUACUGCCCUCUUGCCUCCCUAA